ACGCUUUAUCGACAAUGGCGACCCAUAUCCUCUUCGAGUCCGCCUCUGGAUAUGCCAUCUUUGAGGUCAAACUCAAGGAAGAGGUCGGAGCCAUGACCAAGGCCGUGCAGGACUCCAUCAAGGACUUGGCAAAGUUUGGAAAAAUGGUGUCCUUGAUGAGCUUUUCACCAUUCAAAAGUGCUGGGCAUGCUUUGGAAAACGCUAAUGACAUCUCAGAAGGCAUUGUCAGCGAGGACUUGAAGUCGCUCCUCGAACUGAACCUCUCGAAACCCUCCAAAAAGUCGAAGGUCAUCCUCGGUGUCUCCGAACCCAUCCUCGGCAGUUCCAUCAAAUCCGCCCUCCAAAUCAGCUGCGAUACUUCUGAAUCCACCGCUGACCUCAUCCGAGGCAUUCGUCUACAUGCAUCUAAGCUCCUCAUAGGUCUGCAAGGCGAUGACCUGACGAAAGCUCAACUUGGCCUGGGUCACUCCUAUUCGCGUGCCAAGCUGAAGUUCAACGUCAACCGGAUUGACAACAUGAUCAUCCAGGCAAUUGCUCUCCUCGAUCAGCUCGACAAGGAUGUCAACCUGUUCUCUAUGCGGAUACGCGAAUGGUAUGGAUACCACUUCCCCGAGCUCGUCAAAAUCGUCCCCGACAACUACCAGUACGCACGCGUCGCAAAAUUCAUUGGCCCGAAGGAAGACCUCACAGAGGCAAAGCUGCCUGAUCUCGCUGCCCUCCUUGACGACGAUACAACGCGCGCACAAAACGUUCUCGAUGCUGCCAACGGCUCCAUGGGGUCAACACUGUCCGAAAUCGAUAUGCUCAACAUCUCCGCCUUCGCCACGCGCGUCGUCUCCAUCGCCGAGUACCGCAAAUCACUCACCUCGUAUCUCUCCGAGAAAAUGAACCUCGUCGCACCUAGCUUGACGGCUUUGCUCGGCGAGCGGAUAGCCGCUCGACUGAUCAGCCACGCAGGCUCCUUGACCAAUUUAAGCAAGUACCCUGCUAGCACAGUGCAGAUCCUUGGAGCGGAGAAAGCCCUGUUCCGUGCACUGAAAACGAAAGGCAAUACGCCUAAAUACGGCCUCAUCUACCAUUCGUCGUUUAUCGGCCGCGCAGGUCCUAAACAUAAAGGCCGCAUCUCCCGCUUCUUGGCCAACAAGUGCUCGAUCGCCUCACGGAUAGAUUGCUUCUCUGAUGUACCCACAGCUAAGUUUGGCGAUGCCCUGCGCCAGCAGGUCGAAGAGCGUCUCAACUUUUUCGAGACUGGUGCUCCGCCAUCGAAGAACGCGGAUGCGAUCCGCAAGGUCCUCGAUCAGCUUGCAUUGGAUGACGAUGACGAAGAGGUCGACGCGGCCGACGUCGCAGAGCCUGUACUGCCCCUCAUCGAGGCAGAACCGUCGAAGAAAGAUAAGAAGCGGAAGCGGAGGAGUGAUGAUAUGGACGUGGAUGAGGACGGCGGAGAGCCUGUGAAGAAGGUGAAGUUGUCGAAGGAGGAGAAGAAAGCGCUCAAGAAGGAGAAGAAGAAGGAGCACAAGGAGAGGGACGAUGCGGAGGGCAAACCGUCGAAAAAAGAAAAGAAAGAAAAGAAAGAAAAGAAAGAGAAAAAGGAGAAAAAAGAGAAGAGCAAGGAGUGAUUUUGGUAACCUCUUCUCGUCUCUCUCGCUUUCUCUGUACUUCAUUCUUUUCUGGGCAUAUACUUUCCUUUUCACUUCCUC